AUGGGCACAAAAGCAUAUCCGAAGGCGACGUUGAAAAAGAUUAUCAAGGCGCACUCGAAUCAUACACUGAAGAAGGACGCCGAUGUGUCGUUCAGUCUCGUCAAAGAAGCGGCCAUCCAAUCCAAGCAGUCUGGCGAAAGAGGCCUAACAACCCGAAGUGUCAAAAAGGCUACGCGAAUUAGCAGGCAACCCCAUACGACCCGAUCUACCAAGAGCGGAGACCGCGAAUGCGACACGACACGAUCUGCAGGCAUCAGCUUAGGCGGCUCCAAUCUGUGGCGAAAUCGAGACUUUGCGUACGAUAUCGUCCGAUCGAUCAUCAUGGCUGCUGCGACUGCUACCCAGCCCCUUUCCAAGUCAGCCAGGAAGAAGGCUGCCAAGGCCAUCGAGCGUAGCGAUUCUCCUGCUCCGAGCACCACCUCUGUUGCCGCCUCUGCAGACAGGGCCGACGAUGUUUUCGAGAGCCCAUACAUCAAGGAGCUCCAAAAAAACAUUCGCAAUGUAAACAAGAAAAUUGUUAACGCCAACAAGACGGACUCCCUCCUUGCCGAGCACAAAGGCAAGACCCUCGAUGAGUUGGUUGCCGCCAAGAUUCUCAACACCGACCAGAAAACUCAAAUUCUCAAGAAGCCUGGUCUUGCGGCUCAGCUUGCGACUCUCGAGGAGCAGCUUGCCCAAUAUCAGAGGGUACAUGAUCAGUACGUAGCCCAAGCUGCAGCUGAAAAGGCCGAGUUCGAGAAAACAAUUCAAAAGCUCAGAGAGAAUGUGACUGUGGAAGUCAAGGAGGUCUUUGACAAGAGCUUCCAGGAGAACCUCCUUCUGCUGUCGCAGUUCCUCCGCUUAGCUGCGUACCGUCGAGAGGAAGGCCGAGACCCAGAGUCAGACGAGACUCAGGCCAUUGAGGGAGUUCUGCUUGCCAUUUACUCUGGGGACAGCUCCGCUGUCGCUGCCAUGGUGAAGUUGUUGCAGGGAUCUGCGGAGCAAGUAGUCAGCGUCCCCGGAGAGAAGCUCGAGUCAACUUAUUCUGAUAUCAGCACCCUCGCCAAGGGUUAUACUGUGGCAUACCCGGAAGCUUCACAGGCGACUGAGACGGAAACGGAGGGUUCUGCUCCUACUGCGCCCGUCACUGUUCUUACAGAGCCCAAUGUCGUGGAAAUUGAGGCUGGUGCUGAGGCUCUUUCUAUUAGCGAAGCUGUCCCAAAUGGGCUGGCUAAUGGCAACGACCUAUCAAUCUCGCAAGAGUGGGUGGAUGUCAAGGCUCCUCAGGAUGCGGCCCAUGCAGCUGCGGCUCAUGUUGAAGCCACUGGUGCUCGGUCUUGGGCUGAUGACCAACCCGACGGAAGCACUGCUGCCCCUCCUGGCACCGCACAACCAAACGAUGGAUUCCAUCAGGUGCAGCGCAACAAGAUUCGUCAUGAGCGCGAAGGAAGUGGUAACUUCCGUGGCGGUCGCGGUCGUGGAGAGUAUCGCGGUCGAGGUGGCCGUGGCGAUGGCCGGGGCAGGGGAAGGGGUAACAACCGUAACACGAACCCCAACAGCGCCGCUCCUCGCCCCCCUCGUCAGGAGGAUCAGUAG